AUGACUGCGUUGAUUCUCAGGGCCAGCCGGCGGAAAGUGACUGGCACCGGACAUGUCCUGCCUUCAUUGGCCUGCUCAAGCCCUGCCUACACACCCAGCUGCAACUAUGAUACUUCCAACCUAAACCGCGUAUCCUCGAAGAUCACGCAGCCCAAAUCCCAAGGCGCGUCGCAGGCCAUGCUCUACGCCACGGGCCUCACGCCAGACGACAUGCACAAGCCCCAGGUGGGAAUCUCCUCCGUCUGGUUCGAAGGGAACCCGUGCAACAUGCACCUGCUCUCGCUGUCGGCGCUCGUGCGUGACUCCGUGGCCCACGCCAACCUACUCCCGAUGCGCUUCAACUCGAUCGGCGUGUCGGACGGCAUCAGCAUGGGCACCGCGGGCAUGCGCUACAGUCUUCAGAGCCGGGAGAUCAUUGCCGAUGGAAUCGAGACGGUCAUGCACGCGCAGUGGUACGACGCCAACAUCUCGCUGCCGGGCUGCGACAAAAACAUGCCCGGAGUGCUCAUGGCCAUGGCGCGGGUCAACCGGCCCAGUCUGAUGGUGUACGGCGGCAGCAUCAAGCCCGGCUGCAGCGCGAGCGGCCAGAAGCUCGACCUGGUCAGCGCGUUCCAGUCGUACGGCCAGUUCCUGACCGGGGAGAUUGACGAGGCGCAGCGGCGCGAUAUCAUCCGGAAUGCGUGUCCCGGCGCCGGUGCCUGUGGCGGCAUGUACACCGCCAACACGCUGGCCACGGCCAUCGAGACGCUGGGGAUGACCGUGCCGGGUAGCAGCAGUACCCCCGCGGACGAUCCGAGGAAGCGCGCAGAGUGCGAGGGCGUGGGUGCCACCAUCAAAAAUCUGCUGAAUGAAGAUAUCCGACCUCGGGAUAUCAUGACGCGGCAGGCGUUUGAGAAUGCGAUGAUCGUGGUGAAUAUUCUCGGAGGCAGCACGAACGCGGUCCUCCACCUUAUCGCGAUCGCGGACGCCGUGGGGAUCAAGCUGAGCAUCGACGACUUCCAGGCUGUGUCAGACAAGACGCCCUUCUUGGCUGAUUUGAAGCCGUCGGGACAGUAUGUGAUGCACGAUUUGUACAAGAUCGGUGGCACGCCGGCAUUGCUCAAAUUCCUGUUGAAGGAGGGGUUGAUUGACGGUGAGGGAGUCACGGUGACAGGCAAAACAAUGCGCGAGAAUGUCGCCUCCUGGCCGGAUUUCCCCGCGGACCAGCCGGUCAUUCGUUCCCUCAGUAAUCCCAUCAAGCCUACGGGUCAUUUGCAGAUCCUUCGCGGGUCUCUCGCGCCCGGGGGUUCAGUCGGGAAGAUCACCGGCAAAGAAGGACUGCGGUUUGAGGGUACGGCUAGGUGUUUUGAUUAUGAAGAUGCGUUUAUUGAGGCUCUGGAGCGUGGGGAGAUUAAGAAAGGCGAGAAGACGGUGGUCAUCAUACGGUAUGAGGGGCCCAAGGGCGGGCCAGGCAUGCCGGAGAUGCUCAAGCCUAGCUCUGCUAUCAUGGGUGCUGGCUUGGGUAAGGAUGUUGCUUUACUUACUGACGGGAGAUUCUCGGGUGGCAGCCAUGGCUUUCUGAUUGGCCAUGUUGUUCCUGAAGCAAUGGAGGGGGGUCCCAUUGCGCUGGUCAGAGAUGGCGAUCGCAUCGUGAUUGACGCAGAGAAGAGAGUCGUUGACCUAGAGAUUGCGUCGGAGGAGUUGGAGCAGAGGAGAAAGGAUUGGAAGGCGCCCAAGCCGAGAGCAGCCAAGGGCACAUUGGCUAAAUAUGCCAAACUAGUUAGUGAUGCGAGCCAUGGCUGUGUAACUGAUGGACCCAUCUGAAUGGAAGUAUAAUAGGAGCAAGAAGGUAAAAGGGAGUUCCAGGCUGAUGCGGAGAUGAUAUGCUCUUAUACAUGUGCAUCCAUGAGAGAGACAUUUUUUCCUACCACCAAUCCUAUAAAUCUACGUUAUGG